CAAAUGCAACAUAACAAUAUCUAGCAAAGCAUGACACUCAAAAUGUCUUCCGAUUGUACUAAAGGUAAGAGUUCAUGGCCAGAGCUCGUUGGGACACAAGGAGAAACAGCAGUAACAACAAUCGAGAGUGAGAAUCCUCUGGUGAAUGCCGUGAUUGUGCUAGAAGGAUCCAUUGUUACCCAAGAUAUUCGCUGCGAUAGGGUUCGUGUUUGGGUUGAUACAAAUGGCAUUGUUAUAAGCGUACCUGUGAUUCGUUAGAAGUUGAACUGUUCGUCUUUUUAUUUAUUUAAAAAAGAGUACUAAUUAGUAUGAUUACUA